AUGGAUAACAGUGAUGAAAUCGAGUUGGUCAGUGACAAUCCCCAGGCUUGGGUUUUCGGUCAGUCUCCACCCCAGGGUCCCUCAAAGGGAACUUCCACCGUACCCCGAUUUACUCAACCGCCGCUCCAUGCAGUGAGCGAUCACAUUCUACCACCAGGGUAUGUGCCAAACUACAACAUCCAUGCUGCCCCUGGUACCUCUAAUGAGCGACCUCCAGUCGCACCGGUCAGGAACACUCAUCUCGUCGUGUCUGGCACACCGGUAUAUACAAUCCCUCCACCACCUCCUGUGACAAGGCCAAACAACGAGCCACCAUCUCCUGCUUAUGAUGGCCAAUACUACUCUCCAAAUAUGGCUUUCAAGGUCUCGGCUCCACACAAUUUGACUCCUCAAUACAAGUCACCAGUGGAAAAUGAAAAGCCUGCCAAGUUGGUUGAGCCGGACAAAAUGGCCAGGAAAAUGAAAAAUGUGAAUAUCAUUCAGGUGCUCCGGGGCAUAGCAUUGAUGACUGUUGGACCCUGA